GCCGCCGGGGCGCUGACUCAGCCGCAACCCGGCAGCUGCCCGCCCAGCCCUGCCUGGGGCGCGACGCCCCUCGCUCCCCGCGACCCCACGCCCCGCGUCCCCAGCGCAGGAAAGCGCUGCAGCGAAGGAACCGCGGUAGUCCCGAGCUUGGCGCUGGCCGACCCGGGGCUCCGCAAGUGCUCGGGAUGGGCCUGGCCGGGUAGGGACAGCGGGAGCAUCCCAAGAGAAUCCCGGGACUUGCCGCCUCGGCGCCUGCGGGACUGGAGCGCAGGAUCUUCCGCGCUGCGCGAGCUUCGCUCGGGUCCCGGCGCUGAGUGAGCCAGCCGACCGCAGGCAGAGGAUCUGCUAGGUGAAGUCGGACGGAGCAGCAACGUAGCUGUGAGGGGACCCGCGUGGACACCUGGGGCCGGGACCCUCCCCUCAGCUGCACUGCGCCCGGGCGCUCCUCGGUUGAUCAGGAGGACCAGACCCGCGCGGGAUGGCUCGGCAUGAGAUAUGUAUCAGCUUUGAGGAUGCAUUAGGGGGAAUACCGUGCAAGCAAAAUCUUACCUCCUCAGGAAAACUGUUCUGAAACAAAUGGCUUUACCUUUAUUCAAAAGAGAAAUUCAGGAAGGAUCCAGGAGACACUGUAAUAUUCCCCUGGACUGUUGCCAGGUUCUGGGACACCAUUCUGGUACCAGACAAGACAGAAGCAUCACAAGAAGAUCCCACUGAGGUCCUACCCCUAUGAUAUAUGAGCCACUGCCAGAACAGUGCUGCUCUCCAAGCAAAAGGCCACACUGUUCUCACUGGCUCUGGGCUGUGAUGUCCUGCUGCUCUCCCUUCUUCUUGGAACAGCCUAUCCCAAAGUCCUUAUGAAGUGGUGACCACUCCAACAAGCAGGGGUGGAAAAUGGUACCAGUCAAGCCUGAGUUGCAGGAGGAGCCUACAGUAGCUGCCAGGAGAUGGAGGAGCCCACGCCUGAACCUGUCUAUGUCGAUGUGGACAAGGGUCUGACCUUGGCCUGCUUUGUCUUCCUUUGUCUCUUCCUCGUGGUGAUGAUUAUUCGCUGUGCCAAGGUCAUCAUGGACCCAUACAGUGCCAUCCCCACAUCCACCUGGGAAGAGCAGCACCUGGAUGACUGAUGCAUGGGACAGCUAGGCAGGGGCAAGACCCUGGUGCUCUGGGCAGUGGUGCUCCAGCAUGCCCCUCUGUGUGUCUGGCUACCAGCUUGCCGGCCCAUAGAGGCAAGGAGUGGAUCUGGCCACCAGAGAUGGAGAAGGUUCUCUUUAGCCUUGCCUGAAAUCACAGAAGCACUGGAGGGAGAUGCCCCAGUACUGAGGAUGCAGGAAACUAGGGUCCCUAGAGAGAAGAGCACUGAUCUGGGACUCAGGAGGCUAGUUCCACUCUGGAGUGCCACUAUAAGACUGUUGGGGUGGUCACUUAGGUACUCCCAUCACACAAAAGUGGUCUUGUUUUGAGGAGAUUCUGUCCUUAAAAUGCAAAAUAGCAUAUGGAGGCUCCCAGGAGAGAUGUUUUCCUGGAACCCAAGCUCCUUCCCAUGGACUAGCAAUGGAACAGGUAGUGAAGGAUGAAAGGAGGCUCAGAGUGCCUCCCUGAAAAUUCACAAAAGGCAUAGAGGCUGCUUCCAAGCAGUAUUUUUUUUAAACUAAAAUAUAGAGGGAUAUAUUUUUCCUGUAAUAAAUGAGAUGUGCAUUUUAGAAACCCAGGAAAAUAUAGAAAACUUGAAGGAAAAGGGGAAAAUAGCACAAUCCCACCUUCCAGUCACCAUUUUGAUAUAUUUCUUCCACCCUUUUUUAAACAUAUUUUUUAGUCCAAUUCAUACUAUAUGCAUGAUGCUGUAUUGCUUCAUGUGAGAGCACAAGACUUCCCAUUUUGUCACUGUUUGUCACUUGUUUUUAGUGACUGCAAAUAUUCCCUCAGGGGUUAGGUCAUGGUUUAAUAAUUAUCUUCUUUGGUUGUUCAUUUAAAUUUUCCACUAAUUUCUCCUCACACAAAAUUACUUCCUCUAGUCACCUUUUAAGGUGAGGGGAAUAUUGGAUUGGGACACCUGGACUCCAGUCCUGCUUUAGUUGUUCAAAUUCUUGUGACCUUGAGCAAGUCACCUCACUUCUUGGUGCCUCCAUUUUAUUAUUUUAAGACAAGGAGGAAAAACUUUGUUUCUUUUCCAUGAAGUAAAUUUCCUAUUUACUUCAUGUGAAUGAAAGUAUAGGAGAGGGAGAUUUUGCAUAUAAAUGUGCUAUAGUGGGAUGGUCAAGGAAUAAGUUGUUGACAGUGACUCUUCUGUGGGCCUCACAUGUUUUCUCUCGUAUGUGGAGAUAAAACUAAAACCAAAACAAAACAACCUGAAAGCAGAAGAUGUUCUAUUGGGGAUAUGAAGAAGAUUGGCAGGAGCUGGUAGGGAAGAGAGGGCAAAGAAGACUAGAAGGGAGGGCAGACAUGAUCAAUAUGAUCAACGCACAAUAUAUGCAUGUAUGGAAACAUCAUAGUGAAACCCAUUAAUUUGUACAAUUAAUAUGUGGUAAUAAAAAAAAUUCAAUCUGAAAGUAACAUGGUGAUUACUAGGAAUUUGGAAGCGUGCUGUCGGGGAUAGCGAUGGGGUGAAAGAAGGCUAGACAGAUAUGAUCAAUGAACACUGUCUGCAUGUAUGGACAUACCAAGUGAAUCCCAUUAAUGUAUAUACUAUGUGUCAAUAAAAGUUGAUAUAAAAGAAUAAAAGAAACUUAAAAUUUAAGUGAAAUUAACUAACCAGAGAAAAGUCUGUGAAGUACCAGAAAGGGAUUGGAUCUUCGGUAAGCCUAAGAAAAUACUCAACCAAAAAAGAGGGAGUGUAGAUUUACACUUGUGUGUCUGCUUCAGUCUGAACAGUGCUUGUGUCUGGAGCCCCUGAGACAAACUAUAUUCAGAUCUGGGACCUGGGAAGAAACAGGUGAAAGCAACUCAACAUGACCAGUGUCUCCUGGUUUCUACUCCUCCAAGCCAAAAUUCUCAGCGUACGAUUAUUGACACAGAGGGCUCUGGUUUGGUUCUUCUACUGUCUAUGUCUCUGUUUCUUGCUCUGGCUUAAAGAUCACCUCAGGUUUGUUAAUGUAAAACCUUGUUCUUUCCUUUUUUAAAGAUUUAUUAAUUAGCUUUAUUUAAAAAAAAUUCAUUCUUUUAGUCAUACAUGACAGUAGAAUACAUUUUAUAUGAAUAUCCAAGCAUGGAAUAUAUCUUAUUCUAAUUAGGAUCCUAGUUUUGUGGAUGUACAAAAUGGUGAGAGUCACUGUGGUGUGUUCAUAUAUGUACAUGGGAUAAUUAUGUCAGAUUCAUUCCAUUAUAUUUUUGUGUCCUAUUCCCCCUCCCUUCCCUUCAUUCCCUUCGUCUAAUUUGCUGAACUUCAUAAAGGGAAAUUAUGUAGGACUUUGCCAAACUGCUAACUCAUGUCUUCUGAAGAAUGCAAUUGCUUAACUUCAGGAACUGUUCAUUGAAGGGGCCAAAUGAAUAUUUCCUUAAAAAAGUGUGACACAUAGUCUUCAUGAAUUGGGAAUCAUGUACCUAAGUAACACUGAAACUUAGAAAUUACU